AUGGGUUUUGAGAAGGAGCUGGAGGGUGACGAGGCUUUCCAGGAGUUUGUGUUGGUGCAUCAUAACCGCAGCCAGUUGCCUACCUGGGCCAAUGACUCUCUGCUCCAAUCAGCAGCCCCCGAGACUGGCCAGUCAGGAGAAGAAGAAGAAAGACGGGGUACUGCGGAGGAUGAAGAUGAUGAUGAGGAAGAUGAGCCUGCCCCUAUGCAGCAGACAGACAGUGCCUAUGAGAGUGGGGAUAGAGAUGGUAUCCAGAGGGCCAAAGCACCAGUCCCUUCACUGGAUAAAAGCCAGGGCAAACUUAGCAAGCCUGUCAAACAGCAGGAGGUUGGGCAAAUGCCUAACCUUACUGAAUUCACAGUGAAACUGCGAGAAUGUCCCUUCAACGUCAAAGAGCAACAAGUGCGAGAGUUCAUGACUACUCUGAAGCCUGCAGCCAUUCGAAUCAUCAAGAAUGCCACCGGCAACAAAACUGAGUAUAUGUAUGUGGAUCUGCGCUCAGAAGAGGAGGUGAAAAAGUCUCUGAAGAAGAACAAAGAUUACAUGGGUUGCUCUAUAUUGAGGUGUUUCGGACAAGUGUGAUGGGCAGGUGGAGAGGUGGGAGAAAGGGAGAUUCACCAGGGAGCUGAAAGAAGAUGAAGAGGAGGAAGAAUACAGGAAGACUCUUCACAAGGAACCUGCCCUAAACCUGCACAGAAGAGGAGCUCCAAGACUUCUUCACAAAGCAUGCUGGUCAUAUCUGGAAGUGACCACUAGCGGGCACUAUAAUGAUAGCAUCCAAGUGUACGCUGCCGGGGCUGUUGAAGCUGCAGUCAGCUCUGAGGUAAGGUAGAGAGACAGUCAACCUAACCCUGCUGGGGUAGUGGGGUCUAAGGUCAUGUUCCCUUGCUCAGACAUUGUUGACAUUGCUGACAAAUGACAGAUCUUACAAACAUUAGAGCAGUCUGCUGCCCAACAGCACAAUCGAUGACACAGCAACCAUUGGUUGAUCCAUGCAACAUCUGAACAGGGGAACACGACCCAAAUCUAUAGUUCAUCUAUUUGUGUGUUUGUGUCAUAGCUGAUCUAUAAGCACUGGAUGAACACACUUAUGGGGUACUGCAGUCCAUUUACAUUUGAGUCAGGAUUAUGUCACAGACUGAAGGAUUACAUCACCACCAACCUGCAGUGGGUCAGACAGCAGAUAGAGGAGCAUCCACACUGUCCCUACUGG